AUGAGCUCCCCAUCAUCGCUCAAGCUGCUGGCAAUAAAAAGUCUGCUGAAAGAUGAAGCCUUGGCUAUCUGUGCUCUGAAGACCCUGCCCAUGGAACUCUUCCCACCCCUAUUCCAAAGCGCCUUCGAUGGCAAACAAACAAAUAUCUUAAGAGCCAUGGUGGCAGCCUGGCCUUUCAGAUGCCUUCCUGUGGGAGCCCUGAUGAAGACUCCUGAACUGGAUACCUUGAAGGCUAUCCUGGGUGGCCUUGACUUGCUGAUUAAGCAGGAGGAUCCACGUAGGAGUUGCAAACUAGAAGUGCUUGAUCUUCGGGAUGCACAGCAUAAAUUCUGGAAUGUGUGGGCUGGAUCAGAACAUGGUGUGUGCUCACCAGAUGUCGUUAGUGAGAGUCAACCUUCUGUGUGUCAACCCAUACAACGGGGAAAACAGGUUGUGACUGUGAUGGUGAACCUUUCCCUCAAUUCCAGGGAUCUCUGUGAAUCCCUAAAAUAUUUCCACUGGUGGGCCAAGCAAAGGAAAGAUGUGCUGCAGGUGAUCUGUCAAAAGCUGGAGUUUGGGGCCCUCCCUGACUAUAAUCCCCUAAAGCUGCUGGAGGUGUUUGAGCCAAUCUCUAUACAGGUGUUGGAAGUGAAUGGAAAAUGGGACCUGAGAACCCUUGCAUUGUUUGCCCCUGGUCUGGGCCAGAUGAGAAACCUUCAGAAACUCAUUCUCAAUGAAAUCUUAACGCUUACAGAAUGGAUUACUAACAGAGAGAUUCAAGAAUGGUAUUCUAGAGAGAUAAUUAUCCAGUUCUCCCAACUCAACAAGCUCCAGCAUCUCUAUUUGAAUGGUGUCUCCAUCCUGAAUGAAAGACUGGACCAAGUGCUCAGGUACUUGGAGCAUCCCUUAGAGACCCUUGCAAUCACUCGCUGCAUGCUAUCAGAAUCAGACAUGAGGUAUCUGACGCAGGGUCCCAGCAUUCUUCAACUCACAUAUCUGGAAAUCAGUAGUGUCACCCUUUCAGAUUUAAGUCAUGCACUUCUAGGAAGACUGCUAGAGAGACUGACAGCUACACUGCAGACAUUAAAAUUGAAGGGUAUACUCACUGACCUAAAUAUUGGUAUUCUCCUCCCUGCCCUGAGUCAGUGUACCCAGCUGGUUGAGGUGAGUUUUGUGCAGAACUUCCUGUCUGUGUCAAGUCUCAAGAAGCUACUGCAGCACACUGCCCACCUGAAACAGCUGAACGUGGAGAUGUACCCUGCCCCUGUUGAAGUCUAUGAUCACGCUGGUCAUGUGCUGCCAGUCAGGUUUGCUCAACAUUGUUCAGGUCUCUUGGAAACACUAAGAGGUGUAAGAAAGCCAAAUAAGGUCUUUUUUUUCAGUAAGAGAUGUCUACGUUGCUGGAGAUUCUGUGUCUAUGACCUGAAGGUCAACCUAUGUUCAUGUUUGGAAUAA